CGUCCAUCUCCACAUGACCCGCCCAUCCGCCGCUGCUGCUCAGCUCCCUGUGUCUGGUCAGGUGCUCGUCGUUCUCAGACGUAAACUUUUCAUUUAAGCACCUGGAUUCAGUUUGCGUCAGGACAAGCCAAGCCAAGCCAAGCCAAGCCAAGCCAAGCCAACGCCAUGCUCCGACGGAUACUUCAAAUGACUCCUGGGAAGGGGGGCUCCCAGAAUGCGGAGUCAGAGCAGCCCAGCAAAGAACUCAACCAUGAUCAGACAUCUGAGGGCUUCAUCUGUCCUCAGUGUAUGAAGUCUCACAAUUCAGCGGAGGAGCUCUUCAAACACUACGAGCUCUUCCAUGACACAGGCGAACUCCCUGCUCAUGUGGCCCCAACUCGGGAAGACCUUACGAUGCUACGACAAGAAGUUCAGGACCUGCACGCUUCUCUCAAGGAGGAAAGAUGGUUCUCAGGAGAGCUAAAGAAAGAACUAGACAAAGUCCAAGGACAUCUGAAGCAGAACGAUGGGCAGACCAGUUCGGACGAUUCGGUCCUUGAGAGGAAGCUGAAUGAAGCUGAGACAGAGAAGUUCAACAUUAAACAGAUGAAAGACCUGUUUGAGCAGAAAGCUGCACAGCUGGCCACAGAGAUAGUAGAUUUGAAGUCGCGUUAUGAUGAAGAGAGGAGCUUGAGGGAGGCUGCAGAGCAGAGGCUUGCCAGGAUGACUGUGCAGCUGCAGACUGAGCAGCAGGAGAACGAGAAACUCCAAUCUGAACUGCUGCAGCGGCCGGGGGUGGAGGAUGUGGAGGUUCUGCGGAAAGAGUUGGUGCAGGUGCAGACUCUGAUGGACAACACGACCCGUGAGAGGGAGGAAGAGUCGGAGCGCCUCAAAAACCAGUAUGAGCAGCUGCAGGCUAACUACACUACCUCUGAGGUGACGAUCUCCCAGCUGAAAGCAGAGUUGGAAAAGGGUCCACAGGAAGCAGCCGUCUACACACAGCAGAUCCAUCAGCUGCAAAGCAAUCUGAAUCAUUUGCAGCAACAAUGCCAGAGGCUUUCUGAAAAACUAGAACGUAAGGAGAAGGAAUACGAGGAUCUGCAGGAGCAUUUGGGAUCGGAGAAAGCUGCAAAGACGGAGGUGCAGGACAGACUGAAGGAGAGGGACUUGGAGGUCCAGGAUCUCCAGGCUCGAGCCACAGGAGCUGAAAACUGCUUGCAGAAGGCCCAGGCGGAGCUGAAAGAGAGGGCAGAGGAGGUGACGAAGUUCAAGAGUGAGGUUGCAGAGCUGGAGGUGAAAAAUGCAGAGCUGAAGGUGGAAAGGAAACAGUUGGAGCAGCAGAAGGAAGAAAAAGAGAGCCAGGGGGCUCAGCAGCAGACGGAGAUCAAUCAGCUGCAUGCUAAACUGCUGGAGACAGAGCGGCAGCUGGGAGAGGUGCAGGGUCGGCUGAAGGAGCAGAGGCAGCUCUCCGGGGAGAAGCUGAAGGACCGCGAGCAGCAGGCGGCUGACCUGCAGCUCAAACUUUCCCGAGCAGAAGAACAGCUGAAGGAAAGCACCAGUAAGAACACAGAUCUUCAGCACCUCCUGGAGAAAGCCAAGCAGCAGCACCAGGAGCUUCAGGCUCUGCAGCAAAACACCAACGGCAAACUCCGCGAGGCACAGAAUGACCUGGAGCAAGUAUUGCGGCAGAUUGGGGACAAAGAUCAGAAGAUCCAGAACCUGGAAGCUCUGCUUCAGAAAAGUAAAGACAUCGUUAGCCAGCUGGAAGUGGAGCGGGAGGACCUGUGUGCCAAGAUCCAGGCUGGGGAGGGAGAGACUGCUGUCCUUAAUCAACUUAAAGAGAAGAAUCACGCUCUGCAAGAACAGGUAACACAGUUGACCAACAAGCUUAAGAAUCAAUCUGAGAGCAACAAGCAAGCCCAGGACAACCUACACAAGCAAGUCCAGGAGCAGAAGUCUCUGCUCCGAUCAGCUCAGGACCGCGCUCACACCCUGGAGACUUCAGUCACCGAGCUCACCGCCCAGCUCACAGACAGCAAGGAGAAAGUGUCUCAGCUGGACGCUCAGCUGAAAGCAAAGACAGAGCUGCUGCUGUCUGCAGAGGCAGCCAAAGCUGCACAGAAGGCCAACCUGGAGAACAGCCUGGAGACGGCUCAGCAUGCACUGCAGGACAAGCAGCAGGAAUUAAAUAAAAACCAAAAGAAAGUUGAGGAGCAGGCCCAAAGACUCAAGGAGAGACAGGAGCAGUGCACUCAGCUGGAAACCAACCUAAAGGAAUGUAGAGACAAACUACUGGCCUCGGAGCAGCGCGUUGAGCAGCUGGAGGGGCUCAAUAAGAAACUGGAGUCGCAGGUGGUGGAGGUGCGGACGGCGCGCGACCAGGCGCAGCUGGAGUUGGAGGCCCUGCAGAAGGAGGGUGUGGAGGUGAAACAGAAAGCAAAAGAGCUUCAGCGUUCUCUGGAGACGGAAAAGGAGGGAUCAAAGACGCUGCAGGAAGAAUUGAAGAAGAAGGGAGCUUCUUUGGCGGACUCCCAGCAGCAGUUGCAGCGCUGCGAGCAGGACUUGUCUGCACUGAAGGCCAGUCUGGACGCGGUGACCCAGGAGGGGAAGACUCAGCGAGCAGAGCUGGAGAAGAAAACACAAAGUCUUGCAGCAGAUCUGCAGAAGGUUCAACAGGAGAAAGAAGCUCAAAGGAAAGAGCUGGUCACAGUUCAGGAGAACCUGGGAAAGACCAAGAAGAUGCUCAAGGAGAGUCAAAGUCAGCUGGAGGCUGAGAGGAAAAGUCAUCAAUCAGUCAUGGAGGAGAAGGAAAAGUCUAACGAGAAAGCAAGACAGGAGCUCUUGAAGAGCAAUGAAGCCGUCACCAAGGCGGCGAAAGAGUCUAAAGAGCAGCUGGAGCAGAGCAAAGGGGCAGAGAAAAAGUUGAAGGCACAGCUGACCUCAUUAGAGCAGCAGCACUCAAAGACUCGGGAGGCUCUGAAGGACAAGGAGGAUGAGGUUGGGAAGCAGCGGGAGCUGCUGAAGACGAUGCAGAAGUCCUUGGAGGACGAGGUGAAGAAACUGAAAGGUCAGGUGACACAGCUGCAGGAAGCUGGUGUCAAGAAGGCAGAAGAAGAGACUAAGCUGAGAGCUCGGCUGUCCAGCCUCGACCAGGAGCUAGCCUCUCAGAAAAGCCGGGCUGCCGAGCUGCAGAAAGCUUUGGAGCAAAGUCAGGAAAAGCACAGCCAGCUUCAGUCGGACUCCUUCGGCAAAGAGUCCGAGCUUUCUGCACUGCGUCAAGAUCUGAAGGUGUUGGAGGAUAAACUGAGAGUGGCUCAGGAGGAGCUGGCAGCAAACCGAAGCCAUCAGACAGGUAUGGAGGCUCAGAUCCAGGAGUUAAAAGCAGCUCGCGGCUCUUUGGAGCAGGAGCUCACCAAACGGGAGCAGAAGCUGCAACAGCAGGAACAUGCCCUGAAAGAGCUGAAGAAGCAGGAGGAUCAGAUGAAGGCGGAGCUACAGCAGGAGAGGAACAAGGUGUCGGAGCUGAAUAAAGACAGAAGUGCUCUGGAAAAAACAAACGCCACACUAUCUUCUGAGUUAAAAACACAAACGGAGAAGAUCAAGAAGGAGCUGGGGGAAUUGCAAGAAGCCAAACAGCUGCUGAUCCAGCAAAAGCUGGAGCUGCAGGGUCAGGUGGAGGCAGCGCAGGAGGCCCUGAAGGAGGAGCAAAAGGAGCAUCAGGCCACCAGAGAUGGCAUGAGCAAGAGAGAGGAGCAGCUCCUCACCCAAACAAAGGCCAUCCAGGAUCAGCUGGGGGCAGAGAAGCGAGCCAGGGAGGAGCAGGUGCGGCGCGGGGAGGAGGCUGAAGCGAAGCUGAGCGUUCAGGUGACGGCGCUGAACGAAAACGUGGCGACGCUGAAGCGGGAGUGGCAGGGCAGCCAGAGGAGAGUGAGCGAGCUGGAGAAGCAGACGGACGAGUUGAGAGGAGAGAUCGCCGUGCUGGAGGCCACGGUGCAGAACAACCAGGACGAGCGGCGGGCUCUGCUGGAGAGGUGUGUGAAGGGUGAAGGCGAGAUAGAGAGACUGCAGGCCAAAGUGGUGGAGCUCAGGCGGAAGCUGGACGACACGACGGCAGCCAUGCAGGAGCUCGGCAGGGAGAACCAGUCCCUUCAGAUCAAGCAGUCGCAGAGUCUGACCAGGAAGUGGGCCGAGGAUCACGAGGUGCAGAACUGCAUGGCCUGUGGGAAAGGCUUCUCCGUCACUGUCAGGAAGCACCACUGCCGCCACUGUGGGAACAUUUUCUGUGCCGAGUGUUCGUCCAGGAACGCGCUCACGCCGUCCUCUAAGAAGCCAGUCCGCGUGUGUGAGACGUGUUUUGAGGAGCUCCAGGGCUGAUUUUUCUUUUUUUUUUUCCCCUCUCUCUCCCUUUCCCGUCAUUUCAAUGUGCACUAAGAAGGACAAACCCAGCGUAGAAAGGCGCCUGCGCACGUCAAGAAAAAGGCGUUGUCCGAGGAGCCCGUGUGACAAGAGUGGGGAUGUUCUGUGUAUUUCUGUGCCUUUGCUACUCCUGUGGACUGCCAGAAGGAGGAGACAGUGAUUUACAAAUGUCGCUCAUCUCUUUUCAGUUACGGCUCCAUUGUUGCUUCACAUGUGUGGAAACAUGCGACGAUGACGCAAAUGAUCUCUAUGCGACUGGAUGAGUGCAUAUCGUGCGUGCGUGCUGAGUCACUACUGCUCUCUAAAAGUUCUCACACUUUACCAACCUGAUGGAGGGAAAUGAGCCUCUUUGACAAAUGACAGUGAAAUCAGGUUUAACUUUUUAGAAAAAACAAAGUAUUUUAAUGCAGAUGUGACUGAGAAACUAAUACGUGCAGUCAGCUGUUUGUUCAUUGAUUUCACUUGAUUUAUCUUCACAUCUCUCACUGUUUAGAGAAAAUAGGUUUUAAUCGGUCGUCUACAGUAAAAUUGUCUGCGACACUGGUGUGUAAGGAGGUAGUUUUGGGGGUCAGCCUGCUCUAGAAUCGAAAAGUGAACUCGUACACCAACUGUUGUGUGGAAAAGCUGAUGCUUGAGUUGCUGCGUGUUCCUUCUGUACGGCAGAGUGUUCAGUGUGUGUUUAAUGACCAAAGAAUGUCUGCAGACGAACAGCAGCGGAGGUGAAACUCAGCUUGUCUCAUUAUUUCCCUAAACGUCUUCAAAGACUUGAGUUUUUAUCUUUAAAAUGACACAUUAGAGGGGCAGUUAGUCUAAUUUCAUUUUUUUUGUGCCAUCUUUUUCUCAUCUUUCUUUUGUCUGUGUGUGUUGUUUUUUUUACAAAUUGUGGUGCUUUCUGCAGAUUGUCGUCUUUAAAGGUGCCUGCGUGUUUCAUUUGACCGGUUCUGUUGCUCGCCUCCUCUGUGAAGCACUUAUUGCAGCUGGAGUUUUGUGUGUUCGACUGCUGCGAUGCACUAAAUGAAUGUUGUGCUGCUCUGAGUUUCAGCAUCCCUGGGAUUUCCUGCAGCGUUGGGGUUCUGGGAGGAUAAGUAACUGCUGGUUCUCUGUCCAGCCGAGAUCACUGGAAACCGAAAUUUCUAUUGAAUUUAGUUUACGACUGUUUACCGGUAGAACCGCCCGUGCAAUUGUGUGUGUGUGUGUGUGUGUGUGCGUGUGUGUGUGUGUGUGCAGGAGCGGGCGACAGCACCACUACUGUGCAGGUCUCUGCAGCUCGUUCAGGCUUAACCAAACUCGUGCUCAUUGCAGAAGAAUGUCUGUUUGUGUUGCUUUCUCUCAAUAACACGCGUGUUAAAUCAGUUGGCUUACGUCUACCUCAGACUGGCACAGGAAAAGCACUAAAAAAAAUAAUCAUAAAUUAACAUUUAUUCGUCAAAUUGUACUUUUAUUUCUCAUGUUGUACAGUCCCUGAAAUCUGGAGAGAAGAAAUUGCACCUUAAUUUAUUUUGGGCUCAUCAGGACUCCGGGCACAAAAAGGAGCACCAGAUUAGGUAAUCGCGCGUUAAUACCAAGGCUGUCGGAAAUGAUUUGUAUAUGUUUGUAUUGAAAAAGGAAAACGAUGACUAUAAAUCCAUGGAUGUAGGGAUCUGGUUAAUAGUGAAACUGUGUUUGGGUUCAUCCGUGUCUUAAUUGUUUUUAUAAAACACAGAUUUGUGCUGAAUAAAAAGUGGCUUGCUUGGUGUUCUCACGCAUGACGUCUGAACGGCUCGCUCUGUUCGUCCACAUCAGACCUGGUUGUAAAGGAGUCGCUCAGGCCUGACCUCACCGCAGUUUGUUCACAUGCAAACGCUGAUUUUACUUCAUGUCAUGAAUCAAAUAAAAACGAGCUGGAUGUUUCUUUUA